UUUGAACGCACUCCACAAAGGCCAACUGGCAGACCAUGGGAAGCCGUGGGCGACGAGAGUUUGUACGUUACGCAAAUGGGCGAGAAGCUGCAGACAUUUGUGCCGGUGUUGCGCCAAAUGCUGUCUGGACUGUACUUUACCAACUUUUGCGAUAAGUUCGCGGCGUCCUUCGUGCCCAAGAUCUUGCAGGCCCGUGUUCAAGUGCCGAAGGAUGAACCAGGUAGCAACGCAGCAACUUCUUCUUGACGUGUACGCUCUCAAGACGUUGUUCCUUCAACUGCCAGUGCUGAACAACGACGGCUUCCAAUCCUCUUCCACCUCAACGAGCUCAGCGACGAUCCCGUCGCGUUACACCAAGUUCGUCUCGAACGAGAUGGCGACGGUGGAAAACGUGCUGAAGCUAAUUGGCACUCCGAACGAAAUGCUUGUCGAGAGCUUCAAGAUCAUGUGGCCUGAGGGUUCUGCGGAGGAUUUUCAGAAUAUUAUGGCUGUGAAAGGGCUCAAGAAGAGUGAGCUGGCGGCGUAUCUCGACACAUUGGGGAUGCAGCGCAAGCCCACGGGUAAGAUCGCGGAAAUGGAGGGCAAGAUGAGCGACAUGACGGAGAACUGGAAGAAAAACAUGCAGAACUUUGCCAAGGUGCCUUUCACAUUCACGGGCGGAAUGAACACCAAUGCACAUCAACAGGGCUAG